GUUAAGGCAAAAGUCAGUUAGGGCAAAGCAACAGUUAAAAUGGAUAAGAAACCAAACAAAUUGAAUUCUGUUACAACAAUAAGAUUUAACGAAAUCAGCGAAAAAAUAAAAGAAUCAAUCGCCCUAUUAACUCAAUUAUCGGUUCCUUUCCAAUUUGCACAGCCCGCAAAGGUUAGUUCGCCAAUAUCUAAUUUAAACGUUCUCGGCAUAUCAAAUUUUGCGUUUUCUGAACCGUUAAUAGAAAUGUCAUCAUUAGCAAUACAAGAUAGUGAAUUUGAAUCCAGCAUUAAAUUGGAAGAUCCUUUAGAAAAUUCUGAUGAUGACAACGGUCGAUCAGACGACAGUGACACCGUUCCGUGGAUGUUUUUAAUAAAAACUGAAGAUGAGCUCGUGUCAAACGAUGGCAACGAAAAUAGCAGUGUUCGAUCAGAUGAUAUCGUCGUUAAAUUGGAAAAAUCUUUAGAAAUUUUUGAUGAAAUCGUGUCAAACGAUGACAACGAGCACAUUGCAUCCGUCAGCCUUCCAUUAGAAAACAACGAAGAAUCCACCGUACCGUGGAACUGUGCCAUAAAAAUUUCUGAUGUCGCCAUUUCAAGCGAUCGAUCAGAUUACAAAGAACAAUACGACGAUAAUGAUGUUACUUCAGACGAUGGUGGCAAUAGUCCCACACUCAGUCUCCAAGAGAAGUGUUACGAAGAAUCAGACGAGAAAUUUGAGUUAGAUUCGAACGAUCAGGCGCUCAGUGUUCGACUCAACGGCUUAGCAGAAUAUUCUUCUGAUGACAAGGGCGUUGGUAACAACGAAGCGUGCAAUAUUCACAGUGAAGAUCAAGAACACAGCCGACUAAUCGACUGCAAUGAAAUACAGGUACAGGACGUUCAAAUGGAAUGUAAUGAAGUACUGGCGCAGGACGUUACAAUGGACUGCAAUGAAGAACAGAACGUUGACAAUGUCAUGGCUUCGAACAAUAGCAGGGAGAAUAUUCAAAUUUCCAGCGUUACAUUGAACUGCUCUGUACAACAAAGUGAUAAUGAAAAGGUGCUUCUGAAGGAUGUCAACGAAAAUAUUCCAGUGCCCAACAUUUCAAUAGCCUACUCUAGUACGCAAGACGUUGAUAAUGUGAGUCCGAAUGAUAACAGUCCAACUAAUGCAUGCAUAACUGGAAAUAUUGAUCGCAAUGCUCAAAUGAAACAUUUCGAAGUCGAUAGCCGCAACGUAACAUUGAACUGCCCAGUUGAACAAAAUGUUGAUGGCGAUGUGAACGAAAAUAUUCCAAACAUUCAAACAGCCUUCUCCAAAUGUCAGGACGUUCAUAAUGUGACUCCGACGGAUAACAGCGAUAACGAUCAAACUGUUGCGUGCAGAUCUGGAUACAUUGAUCCCAAUACUCAAAUUACAAGUCUCGAAGUCGAUAGCCACACGCGACCGGCCCAGAAACUACACGACAAUCAACCACUACCGUUCCUAAUCCAACACAUCCACAAAAUAACUUGGGCGAAUCAGGAAGAAGUCGCCUUCGCUCCGGUAAUGCAGUUGUUUGGUCAGACAUUCAAUACAGUUAUGAUCUACGGUGUAGUUACUUCAUUAACCGUUGAACAGGGUGGAUUGACACUACGCUUUGUCAUUGAUGACGGUUCCGGUUCUAUAAAUGUAGUGUGGAAAGCUAGCAACCAAAUUUUAGAGCUUCUAAAAACGAUACAUCAUCUGGAUGAAGAGGUGAAACUAUGUCGAAAGGCCGGUCUAUCUGUGAUGAACGAAAAUUGGCAACCGAACAGCGACGAGUGUAAGAAAAUGCUGGACAGUUUUGACACAACAAUUCAUUACAUCAAGCGACAAAUCACUGAGCGAACCAAACUAAAAUUAUUCGGAUACGCGGGCGUGGUGGGUAAACCAUUUCGGUCUAGAAAUAUUGUUCAACUACUUGCCACACAUAUCGAAGAUAAUAGUCGCGAUCGUUCGCUGGAACUGUAUUUCAAGAAAAACUUGAUACGCCUGUACCGAGAGAAAUAUAUGCCAAAUGGUUGAUUGA